AUAGUAUGAGGUGACCCACCGCCGAUCUCGCCUUGUCUCCUCCUUCUCGUCAUCCUAUUCGUAGCCAUCUGCUUCUUGGGUUUAAAUCGACUCAGCGUGGAGAAAAGGAAAACUGUGGAGAAAAGGAAUACUGUUCAAAGUGAUCUCUGAGUUGCUACUGGUGAUCUCCGUAGGGUAUAACAGCAAAUAUCCAGCUGUUCAGUGCCUCCACUUAUAAUUGACAAAUCGAGAGCUGAGGCCAUGGAGGCGGCUCUAGUGAGUGUGGCGACGGGCGUUCUAAAACCUGUCCUGGGAAAGCUAGCUGCUCUGCUUGGCGAGGAGUACAAGCGUUUCAAGGGUGUGCAUGGCGAUAUCAGGUUCCUCAUAGAUGAACUUGCUGCCAUGCACGCGUUUCUUCUCAAAAUGUCAGAAGAGGAGGAUCUGGAUUUGCAAGAAAAAGUAUGGAUGACGGCGGUGCGCGAGCUGUCCUAUGGCAUGGAGGACUGCAUCGACGACUUCAUGGAACAUGUCAAUGACAAAGUUAUCAAGCCAGAUGGACUCAUUGAAAAUAUCAAGACCUCACUGUGGAAGUUGGGGAAGCUGAAGGCUCGUCGUCGGAUUGGCAACGUGAUCCAAGAUAUGAAGAAGCAAACCAUUGAGGUUGGCGACAGGAAUGAGCGGUACAAGACUCGUGAUGCCUCCUUCAGCACCAUCAAUUUCUCUCGGAUCGUUAAGGCAGCUGUUGACCCUAGAGCUCUUUCUAUGUUUGAGCAUGCCUCCAAACUUGUUGGAAUUGAUCAACCCAAAGCUGAUAUUAUCAAAUUGUUGACUGAACGUGGAUCAACUAAAGAACAACCGAAGUUGGUGUCCAUCGUAGGAUUUGGAGGAAUGGGAAAGACAACUCUUGCAAACCAAGUGUUUCAAGACCUCAAAGGCAAAUUCCAAUGUCGGGCAUUCUUAUCAGUGUCGCGAAAUCCGGAUAUGAUGAAUAUCUUAAGAACUAUUUUUAGUGAAGUUAGCGGCCAAGAUUAUUCUAACACUAAAGCAGGGAGUAUACAACAACUCAUCGGCAGGAUCUUGGAUUUCUUAACAGACAGAAGGUAUUUUGUUGUCGUUGACGAUAUAUGGGACAUGGAUACAUGGUGUAUUAUUAAGCUUGUAUUCCCCAUGACUAGUUCUGGCAGUAUCAUAAUCACCACUACUCGGAUAAACGAUGUUGCUGAAUCAUGCCGCAGCUCUUUUGGAGGCGAAAUUUACAAUAUAAGCCCGCUUACUAUGGUGCAUUCAAGAGAAUUAUUUCGCAGAAGACUAUUCGACUCUAAAGAAGAUCUCCCGUCACACCUUGAGAAAGUUUCUUGUGAAAUUUUGAAAAAAUGUGAUGGCUUACCUCUGGCAAUCAUUGCUAUAUGUGGCUUGUUGGCUAACAAAGAGAGAAGAGAGGAUGUAUGGAAUCAGGUGAAAGAUUCAAUUGGUCGUGCACUAGAAAGAAAUCCCAGUGUUGAAAGGAUGAUGAAGAUCCUGUCACUGAGUUACUUUGAUUUGCCUCCUCAUCUGAAAACCUGCCUAUUAUAUCUGAGUAUCUUUCCGGAAGAUUCUCUUAUUAUGAAGAAAGGUCUUAUAUGGAGGUGGAUUGGUGAAGGAAUCAUUCAUACGGAUGACAGAUAUACAGUGUAUGAGCUAGGAGAAAUGUGUUUUAAUGAGCUCAUCAAUAGGAGUUUGAUCCAACCUUUUAAGACAGGUAAAUUUGGUAAGGUGAAGGGUUGUCGAGUUCAUGAUACAAUUCUUGAUUUCCUCAUAUCCAAAUCCAUCGAAGAGAACUUCCUUACUUUGGUUGGUGUUCCCAUACCAACAAUUAGGACACAAAGCAAAGUUGUUCGUCGACUUUCUCUACAAGUCGGCGACCAAGGAAGUUCAACAAUGCGAACAGGUCUGGUGUUGUCUCAUGUCCGAUCACUUAACAUGUUUAGAAAUUCCCUGAACAUGCGUACUUUGAAGGAGUUCACACAUCUGCGUGUUCUAGACUUGAAGAGUUGCUCAAAUUUGGAUGAACAUCAUCUUGAUAAUAUAGCGAGUCUGUUCCAUCUGAGGUACCUGAACCUCCAAAGUACAAGAAUAAAUGAGCUUCCAGAAAAAAUCGGCCGUUUAGGGUGCUUAGAGAUGUUGGACCUAAGAGGCACCAAUGUAUUGGAAUUACCUGCAUCUAUUGUUAACCUCACAAAAUUGUCGCGUCUACUUGUUAGCAAUUUGGUUAAAUUUCCUAAUGGGAUUGCGAAGAUGCAAGCACUGGAGACGUUGAAGCAGGUUAGCGUCUCCAAUCAGCCAUAUGAAUUCUUGUGGGGCCUGGGCCAGCUAACCAAUUUGAGGAAUCUUGUCCUUGUCCUUCCCCAUCCCGAAGCUGAUUCUGACAAUAAAGAUACAAAUGUGGUUGGGGAGGAUUACAACAAAGAUAUCCUCUCUUCCUUGUGUAAGCUAGGCACCAAAAACCUCUCCUCUAUGACUAUUUGGAACGGGAGCAGCCUCUUACUGGAAGAUUUGUGCCUGCUUAACCUGAAGAAGCUUAUUAGUUGUUCUUCAACCGUCCAACGGGUUCCGAAAUGGGUGAAAUCCCUUAGAAACCUCCAAGAGCUACGCCUUGAAUUGGAGGGAGUCAAGCAGGAUGAUCUCUGCAUCCUUGGAGCCUUACCCACUUUGCUUAUUCUGCAUCUUAAGGAGGCAAAGCAGUCAAACGAAAAGCUCAGAAUCAGUGGUGAAGUUGGGUUCCUAUUCUUGAGAAAUUUCUUUUAUAUGGCAGAAUUUCACCCAGUAGAUUUGAUGUUUGUGGCAGGAUCCAUGCCCAAGCUAGAAAGGCUCGAGCUUAAUUCUUGGUUCGCAGUUCAGCUAGAGUGUCUGGAUUUUGGAAUCAAGAAUCUCCCCUGCCUCAUUACCGUGGAAUGUGAAGUAGAUGGCAACUGUGGCAUUCUUGAAGCCAUAGAGACUGCCAUGGAGAGAGCAGCGAGCACACAUCCUAACCACCCUACUCUAUUUUUUAAGAAGCUUGACAUAGGUAGUUACUUGCAUCAAAGGGUUGAUUUUGAGCAAACAAGGAAAGUAAUCUUUGAUGAAUGGAGCGAAGGACCAGGAAGUCCGCUGGAGGGCCGCUGAUUCUCUUUUAUUGUACACCAAUAGACUGUAGUCUCUCAGUUGGAUAAUGUAUGACAUUCAUGCUUUCAUAUCCAACAUUGGUCAAACAUUUAUUGUUCAACAUGUGGUUUCAUUUGAUGUGAUAAGAAAAUGUUUAAUUGUUGUUUGA